UACAAAGUCAAUCCUACAUCUACUAACUCCUCUCUUAUCAUCUCUUCCCUUAAAAAGAAAACACACUGCUUUUUGUUGCCCAAACCCAACAUAAUAAAUUAAACAGACACAGAAAGUAGAAGAGAGAAAAUUAAAAUGGAGGGGCAAGAGAGCACAAGCAAGAAAGAUGAGAGGAAGAACCAGAUUAGCCAAGGCAAAAGUGAUGGUAUUGGAGGGGUGCUCAUGUUGGGAGGUGCCUUGGCUCUUGCAAGUUUGAUAGCAAUUUUUACAAUCAAGAAUAGAAGAAGGGAUGCCAAGAAGAAGCCAGAAGUACACAAAGGUGUGUCAAACAAAUCAAAUGGAAACUUCAGACGCAAAAAAGAAGAUGAAAGAAGAGAAGGCUUGCGCUUUUUCUCAAUAGAUGCACCUUCAACCACUCGUGAUUCACGUCAUGGAACGUCUGAGAUAAGUGUUAUCCAUAUUGAUGAUCCCAGCGAGUUAUUGGUCGAUACCAAAAGUUUGAUCCUGGAGGAGAAACCUAUGACUGAAAUCAGUGAUAAAAAAGAGAAUACUUUGAGUGGUCACCAAGAAUCUUCACUGUUGGCACCGGGGAGUCCCAUUUUGAUUGAAGAGAAAGAUGACGACGAGAAUGAGGAAUGUGCCAUGGAGAAAGGCGAGGAAAUCUCCAAAGGUACAGGAGACUCUUCCAUGGAAUCAAAUGAUGAAGUUUGGCCAGCAGAGUUGAUAAAAGAAGAAUUAUCAGAAGGAUUAAACAAAGCAAAUAGGAGUAUCAUUUUUCAAAAUCCUAAAGAGACUAAUGAGGAAGAAGAUAACACAGCCAAAACAGAAGAGUAUGGCUCCUCUAGUAGCUGCGAUGACUGUGACUGUGAUAUCUUCGACGAUAAUAGUGACGAGAAUGAAACCACCGAAGAACUAGUUAUGGUGAACAAGCAGCCAGCACGCUCAUCAAAGAUGAGAUUUUGGAUUUUCUCAAUGUUAUUGCUCGUGCUGCUGAUGCUGUUACUUUCUCUCAACCAUCAUAAAGCCAUUUCUUAUUAUCAACUUUAUCUUGAUUCUUCCAUUAUCCGUGGAGUUUAGAAAAGCACUAAAUAUUGUUUUUAGUUUUUUAUUAUUAAACUAAGAAAACUGCAGUAUGUAAAGUCUGUCAAGUGUGGCAUGAACCACAAUCAAGCCUGAGAGAAUUUGAAAGAAAAUUCUAUAUAAUAGUAUAACACAUCACAUGAGAUGAGCAGCACCCCAUAUCAUCAAUGGAUGUCUCAGGGCAUUGGUUAAAGAUUUGAAGAAACAGGUUUA